AUGUCGGAUCGUGAGGUGGUCGUGUAUCGCCAGUACUGCCCAGCGGGAGUGCAGCGUGUUCUUGCAUUCGGAACUAGCGCCUUCAUCGGGGAAGUUGAUGGUUCGACCGUCCUCAAGUACCCUCUCGAGCCGGGUGGUGAUAUGAGUCACCUCAAGCAUGAACACAAAAUUCUCAAAAUACUUGGCCGACACCCCCGAAUCGUCGCCCACAAAGGACUUACAGAUGCUGGCUUAUACCUUGAGCGUGCAGCAAAUGAAACGAUCUACAAGUACCUAGUCGAAUCGGAUCGUACUCCGCCUUCUCUUCGCCAGCGGGUGACCUGGUGCCGUGAGGUGGCUGAAGCAGUCGAGCAUAUUCAUUCAAAAAGCGUUAUCCACUGCGACAUUCAGCCAACAAACAUACUAGUCGACGAGAAUCUUCAUAUCAAGCUCGCCGAUUUUCAAGGGGAUUACCUCUCUGAGAACGGCGAGGUCAUAGCCGGCCGGAGCGGCGAGCCAUGCAGAUAUUUCUGUCCCCGGGAUAAUGAGUUUGAGUCUAGUCCGACGACGGAUCUUUUUGCGCUUGGGUCUACUAUCUACUUUAUUAUGACUGGCCACGAAGUCUUCCUAGAUAUUGCUGGAGGAGAGGAUAGGUGGGCUGAGCAAUAUCGCGUUUAG